AUGGGGAUCUUUCUGGAUCCUAAAAUUCGAAACAAUGUCCUGCUUCCGAUAUUUAUUGUGGUCGUUCUGACCUCCAUGAUUCGGUCGAGCCUAAUGAUCUUGUUGAAGGCCGAGCCAAAAGUCGAUGUGAAGGAGGUCAAAACACAGAGCAUGCUUGGAAGAUGCAAAAUGCUGAGAGCAGCAUCGCAUUUUCUCACCGAGAAGGCUUUCAAGUCGCGGAAAGCCUAUUUUGUCAAAAAAGAUGUCGGUGUCCUGGUGAAAUCUGUGCCCAAAGCGAAGGACCCAAUGGAGGCUUUGCAGGGGGGCUCUGAUCCCAUGGCUAUGAUGGGAAUGAUGAAGGGCCAGAUGGUCUUCAUGGUGUCUCAGGGGCUCUUAGCUUAUUGGGUCUCCCACCUCUUCUCCGGCUUCCUGGUUGCGAAAACCCCUUUUCCAUUGACCUUUCAAUUCAAGGGAAUGCUGCAGAGAGGCGUCGAGGUCACUGCCUUGGAGCCAGGCUACGUUUCAUCACUCUGCUGGUAUAUGUUUGUAAUGAUGAGCAGUCAUAGCCUCAUAGGGCUGGUGCAGUCAUUCUUCACCAAGUCAGACGUUGAAGCUGAUGAUCCGAUGAUGGCCAUGAUGGGAACGAUGGGCGGCGCCCCAAUGAUGCCAGGUGGUGGACCAGACCCCGCCAAAGUCUACAAAACAGAACAGGACAACCUUGAGAUGAUCUUGCACGAGUUCCUUCUUGACAACGUGGAGACCGAGCUGUGGAGAAAAUGGAAAAAUCAAGGCUGA